UCAACAAGUAAAGAUAACAAACAAAUAGUGAAUCGAUAAUUAAUGUCCUCACAGUGUGGGAAUCUUAUACAAAACAUUCUCAGCUGAGAGAGCUCCAAAAACCACAACAUGCUCUCGACAUCAAAAACCCCAUCCAAGCAACCGGCGGCGCCGGUUGCUUCUUCCCUAGAGGAGGACCGUAUCCAGAGCUCGCUCGCCUCAUUUUAUGCGUCCCUACGCUCGAUCGACGCUCAGCUAAGACAACUGGUCGGUCCGGAACGACUGGCGGUCGAUAAAACCCUAACCAAGGCGGUCCGUCUCGAAUUACUGGUAAAGAACGACGGCAAACUGUACCCAACCGGCGAGAUUGAGCACAUCGAAACGGAAUGUUUGCACGAGAUCAACCGACGGUUGCUGGCAACCGGCCGGGCGGUAAAAGCGUUAACUGAUGGCUACCAGCAGUUGCUUCAAGCUUACCGGGAUUUGGAUUCGGUUUGUGGUGAACUGGAUUGGAGUAAGGAAAACAGCGAAUUGAUGGCUGGAUCGUCCAGGCAAAAACCACUGGAAUACUAUCUGCAGGAAGGGUAUCGAAUCGUUCACCAACUGAAUGGACUGGUCGUUGGAUUCGAACUUACUUUUAACGCGAUUGAGAUACGGGAUUCAAGCUCCGUUCAAAGGUUUCGGGAUUGUUUAACAAUCUCCGAAGAGUUACAACUGUACCUGCAGGAGUACCUGUCUUAUGCGAUAUUUCUGUUGAAAUAAAUUUGAACUUGAACGCAAGGAAGUCAUCUCCGACCAAACACUUAUCAUCACCUUUCAACAAUUCUUAAUUAGCUACCAUCAAAUAUAUCUCCAAAAAUGUAUUGCAUUCUUCAUCCUAAACGUAACCUAACAACGUUGAUUGUGCCACAGACUUC